AUCUGGAUCAGUUGGUGAAACGUGAAUCAUAUUGCAGUUGGAGGAGACCGUUUUAAUCUCCCCUCGCUCUCUCUUCCCUGAAAGGAUUCCACCGCAAUGGCGACUUCAGAUUCGAGCUCUUCUCCUUCUUCUUCCGGCACCGAUUUCGCCGAUCCGAACCCUAGCACCGAUCCCGAUACGAGCUCGGAUCGUGUUCAAAGUCUAUUGGAGUCGCUGAAUUUGUCUCAGCCAAGCGAAGUCUCUGACGGAAGCCACACCGAUUUUACCGGCGAUGAUGAGGAAGAGGAGGAGGAGGAGGAGGAGGUUGUACCGGCCAACGGUUCAGGUUUGGCGGGAGUUAGCGGAGGAGAGGCGGCGGAGCAUCCGGUUGAAAUGGAGGCGGGGGAGGAGCCUCCGAGCCCGACGAGCAGCGGUUACGAUGGGGAGAGAGGGAGCAGCGGCGGAGGUGCCUCUACUUUCAAAGCUGACAAUGCAAGCGAGGGUGGUGAGAUUCGGGAAGCCAAUGCGGAUGGUGAGCAGCAUGAAGCCGCGUGGUUGCCUGGAAAACGCCACGUCGACGAGGACGAUGGUUCUAUGUCAUGGAGAAAGAGGAAGAAACAUUUCUUCAUUUUGAGUCACUCCGGCAAACCCAUUUAUUCCAGAUAUGGAGAUGAACAUAAGCUUGCUGGUUUUUCAGCUACUCUUCAAGCUAUUAUUUCUUUUGUUGAGAAUGGUGGCGACCGUGUCAAUUUAGUCAAGGCAGGAAAACACCAGGUUGUCUUUCUGGUGAAGGGGCCAAUAUACCUGGUCUGCAUCAGCUGUACAGAUGAAACAUAUGAAUACUUAAGGGGGCAGCUGGAUCUUCUAUAUGGUCAGAUGAUACUCAUUUUAACAAAUUCAAUAGACAGAUGUUUUGAGAAGAAUGCAAAUUUCGACAUGGCGCCCUUGCUUAAUGGGACAGAUGCUGUCUUCUCAUCUCUUGUCCAUUCGUUUAGCUGGAAUCCAGCUACGUUUCUUCAUGCAUACACUUGUCUUCCCCUUCCGUAUGCGUUAAGGCAAGCUACAGGGACAAUAUUGCAAGAUGUUUGCGCGUCUGGUGUAUUGUUCGCACUACUAAUGUGCAGACACAAGGUUAUCAGUCUUGCUGGUGCACAGAAAGCUUCUCUUCAUCCCGAUGACUUGCUUCUACUCUCAAACUUCGUCAUGUCAUCAGAAUCAUUCAGGACAUCAGAAUCUUUCUCGCCAAUCUGCCUACCAAGAUACAACCCUCAUGCCUUUUUGCAUGCCUAUGUGCACUUCUUCGACGAUGAUACAUAUGUAAUUUUGCUUACCACACGUUCAGAGGCCUUCCAUCAUCUCAAAGAUUGCAGGAUUCGCAUUGAGGAUGUUCUUCUUAAGUCAAAUAUUCUAAGCACGGUUAAAAGAUCAAUCGCGGAAGGUGGACUGAGGGUUGAGGAUUUGCCAAUAGACCGUCUUCUUCGACAGAAACAGUCUUCUACUUGUAACCAAAGACAAGAUACAGAUGCAUCCGUGGGAACAGGAGGUCCCUUUGGACUUUGGCAUUUCAUGUACCGCAGUAUAUAUUUAGAUCAGUACGUUUCAUCCGAGUUCUCACCUCCAGUAACUAGCCACAGACAACAGAAAAGUCUAUAUCGAGCAUACCAGAAACUCUAUGCUUCAAUGCAUGAAAAGGGAUUGGGACCCCAUAAAACUCAAUAUAGACGAGAUGAGAAUUACACUCUUCUAUGUUGGGUCACACCAGAUUUUGAACUCUAUGCAGCAUUUGACCCACUUGCAGACAAGGCGAUGGCGAUAAAGAUAUGCAAUCAGGUUUGCCAGAGGGUAAAAGAUGUGGAAAAUGAAGUGUUCUUGCAAGGAGCUAGCCCUUUCUCUUGGUGAUAUUUACUUCAGAUCUUUCUACUAUUUUGACACAUAUUUACCAGAUCUUGUACUAGCGUAUCACUUUUCUUUGUUUCUUAAAUAAGUAAUUUAAGUUUAUCGGUGUGUUGUACCCUAUUGCCUUUUGAGAAAGCUAUUUAAAGGUUUAAUGCUUC